UUAAGUUUAGUUGAGUCGCGAAAGUCGUCGAGUACGCUGGUUUCUCCCGAAAAUUUUUCAAUUUUCAACCUUUGAAUCCAGGUGCUGCUCUCUUUCUUAUUUUGUGAUAUAGAUGUUAUAUAUUUUUUGUUUUAAAAAUUUCCGUCAUAAAAAUUUUAAAAUUUCGAAUUUAAAUCAUCAAAAAUCGAAAUAAAAAAAAAUAAAGAAAAACAAAGCAAAGAAAGAGAGUUAGACGAUGGUUAGUUGACCAUCUACCUUAACCUUUUUUCUUUUUGACUAUUGUGAGAUUAUUAUAAAAUAAAUUAAAAAUAUUGCACACAGUGGAUAUGGUGGCGUAUUGCAGCAGUUAACAUGACAAUUAAUAUUCAUUGGUUAUAGUGGUCUUGUAAUAAUUUAAAUUUAAAUAUUUAGACGUCGUGAUUUCAAUCGUUUCGUCUUUCGCAUUUCGUCGUUCCGCAAUAAAUCGAUUUUUCUUCAUUAAAUAUCUUGUGCACGUUGUUCAGCUGAUUUUGUUGUUGUUGUUGUGAAAGUAACAAAAAAUUAUUAUAUUAUUUUUUUUAUAAUUAUAUUUGUGUAGCAAACACACACAAUUGCAAGCAAACAGAAAAAUAAUAAACGAAUAGAAAGCGUUUUACCACCAUCAUCAUCAUCAUCGUGAUCGUCGUCGUCGUCGUCCAGCGAAGCAAAGGCAAAGAAAAAAAAAUAAAUAACACAAAAAAGUGAAAUUACAGAUUGCAAAAGAAAAUAUACACAACAAAAAUUUCGAUUCGUUAAUAAAAUAUUUGAGAAAAUAAUUAAAACAUAAAAAGUAUAUGCACUAUAUCUAUCCACUGGCAUCGCCAUCAUCGUUUUAAACUAAUUUCUGUUUUAUUUGUGGUUGUUUAAUUCAAAUUCGCUAAGUGGUUGCAUAAAUUUGUUGACUUUUAACAUUUUUAGAAGUGGACGGAAUUGCCCUCUACCACAGGAUACCGUUUGUGUGAAAAUAAAAAUAAAUAUAAAAAUACAAAAUAAAUCCGAUUUUACAUACCCCAUAAUAAAAGUAUCGUUAAAGUUAAGCUUUGGGAAUACGAUCACGAAAGUUUUUAGAAAUAAUUAAAUCAAAAUGGUAUCGCGACGAAAAAUAUUAUCCAGGUCUAGAGAUGAUCUGAAUUUGGAUCAAACUUUUAGUCAGCAAGAAGAAGAAGAGGAUGUAUGGUAUCAAAAGGAUAAACUAUAUAAGGAACACAUACAAGAGGUUCUAGAUAAAUGGACCCAAAUCGACGAUGAAAUUUGGGCUAAAGUCAUUGUCUUUGAACGAAAUCGUCGCGUAGCCAAGGCAUAUGCACGCGCCCCAGUUUUAACAAUUAACGGUUCAGACGAUGGAUUUGAUGGAAUGCGAAUUGGUUUGUGUGGUUUUGACAAUCCAAUGAGAGAUCCAAAGACAGACGAAUUCAAACGGCAUAUAGGACAGGGCGUCAAAAUAAAAAUGGACGAUGCGGGUAAUAUAUUAAUUCGCCGUUAUGCCAAAAGUAAUGUCUACAUCAAAAGCACUGCCAGCAAUUCCAACGAAGAGACAUCAAUUGGUGCCGAUAUACUCAAACUGCCAAAUCAAGCUCUAGAAAGUGAAAAAAUAGUCAAGUUAUUCGACAUGAAGAAGUUUCAAUCGAAUGUUAAUCGUGAACUGAGGCGAGCCUAUCCAGAUCGUCGAAGAUUGGAAACACAGUGCCUGUCGGCAGUGGCCUUUGUUAAGUCUGAAAGUGACAUCUUGGAUUGCCCUGUUUGGGUACUCAUUGUUAAUGUAGUUGCAAUGGACAUGUUAAAGAGCAAAUUACCACCAGUGCAACGACCAGUGGUUGACAUCAAGAACCGCCCAAGAAUACCCAUUCCCGAUGAAGAUCCAUAUAGCGUAGCUGGUAAUGGUAGUGGCGGCAGUGGAGGUAGUGGCGGAAGUUCGGGCAGUUCUGGCUUUGGUGCUAACAAUGGUACACCAGCUGGACAUGUGGCCGCAACACGGGAGCAAUUGUUACUGCAAACACAACAAUUGGCGCAUAAACGCAGUGAGAAACCGCCAAAAUUACCACCAAGAGAUAAUAUCUAUUCCCAUGACAUACCCAAGCCGGACUACGAUGACAUUGAAGAGAGCAGAAUCAAAUUGUCCCGAGGUAAAUCGGAUAAAGGAAAAGACAACAAGAAAUAUGAUGAUCCCUACUACUGCGGACUUCGAGCUCGUGUUCCAAACUUUGGUAAAUCACAAAAAUCAUCCAAGGAAAUCAAGGAACCUCUUGUCAAUAAUAACACCAAUACCCUCAACCACAACAACAACAACAAUAAUAUCAUCAACAGCAACAUGAACACUUUAUCAUCACAAAAGAAAACCUCAAUGAUUCACAUGCCAAUUGCUGCUCCACUUCAUCCAUAUAUGCAUCAUCAACAAAUGCUGGCCGCAGCUGCUGCGGCGCAUCACGCUCAUCAUGCCGCUCCUCAACCAACGCCACAUACAGCAGCUGCCGCUGCACAUCACCACCAACAAAUGAUGUGGCAGGCUAGAAGUUUCGAAAGCGGAAUAGUUGUUCCAAUGUUUCAUCCCCAGAAUAAUAAAGGUGUUCCAGUACUCCCUAUAAAUUCCUCUGGUUUGGUUAAUGUUAUGCAGCCUCCCUACCAACAGAAGUCACAUCGGCCAUUAAUACUAUUACAACAAACACGUUCGGAUAAUACAUUGAAGAAUACAAAGAAUAUUAAUAAAAUACCGAAGAUUGAAAAAUUCACUCCACCAAUUGUUAAUCGAGUCAAACAGUAUUUAUCGAAGAUUCAGACAUCGUAGAGUCACCUUAUAAUCACAUAUACGGCCGCUUGCCACUGCCAACUCGGGGCUACGUCCCGACACCUCGAACCAUGUACAUCGGUGAGUGGGAUUGAAAAUUGAAUCUAUUUCAAGUUCCGAUUGAGAAAUAGAGAAAAACAACAAAAAAAACCAACCAACCAAGCCAUCACCAAGAAAUCUUCAAAAUGUGAAAACAACAGAAAUAUUGAAAUUUUCAAAAAUAAAAACAUAAAAUACACACAGAAAACUAAACUGUUUUGUUUGAUAUAAAUACUCGUACAUAUAAUAUUUUUGAUUUUUUCGAAAUUUAAUUUUAAUAGCAAUUUUUUUCUAGGCCUAUAAUAUUUUAAAUUUUCUUUUUUACCAUAAAGAAAUACGUAUAACAUUUUUUUUUUAAUUUUUAAGUUUAAACAAAAACCAUGCGUAUAUAAAAUAAAUAAAUAAUAUUCAUAAUUUUUUAAGUAUUUUUUUUAUGAUAUUAUUAUUUUUACUUUUUUAUAAACUAUGAUAUUAAUUUUAUCACAAAUAAAACGAAUGGAUUUUGUUGAUAUUUAAAUAAAGUCCAUUAUAAGAAUAUAAUUAUAAAAAUUGAAUGAUUUGUUAAAACACUUCUUUAUAUUUUUUUUAUUUUAUUUAAUGUAUGAAAUGUUUUACACAUUACAUACAAACAUGUGUCGAAAUAAAAUUUAUAUAAAAAAUCAAGCAAUGAUGACGAAUAGAGAAGAUUGGAAAAUUAUUAUAUUAAUAACAAUAAAUUAGAUAAAGUUAGAAAAUAGAUUUUAAUUAUUAUUUCAUAGAGAUUAUUAUUGAUUUAAAAACUUUUCGCUGAAUGUAUGAGUAUGUUUUUUUUGUUGUCUAUAAGAAAAACAUUUUGUAUACAAAAUAUAAAAAUUGCCUGAAAAUAAAAACAUUUUAAAUAAUAAUA